GGAGGCAGCAGGACACCCAGCCGGCCGAGAAGCCCCACAUGUGGCCCCACAGUAACCCACUAACCAUGGCCACUGCUUGACCAGGGAGGGUAGGGAUCCCAUGCCAGGGCAGGGCCAGCCCGAUUCCACAGGCUGUGCCAGGAGCUCCCACCAGAACCCGGCUGGUGGGGACUGUUGGAGGGCCCCCCAAGCUGGAGGGAGCUGGGCUACAACGGAGGGGGCAUCUCCAAGCUGGGGAUUGGGACUGGGGGAACUGUGGCUGAGCUCCUGGGACAUGGUCCAGACUCUCUGUCCCCCAGACUAUCCCUCCAGCUCAGGGGGUAACUGAGGGACCCCAAUAGGUCAGGACCCCUGCACAGCCCCCUGGAAGGCCUUGGCUAUGGAGAGAGAGAGGGCAGAUGGGAAGGGGGUGCUAGGGCCAGGCGGCUGUGCACCCAGGGCAAGGCCUUCAUCUGUGCUCCUCCCAGCUCACCCUGCUAAAGAGUUAUGCCCCUUUGUCAGCCCCCAGCAGGGGUUCUUGUCAGUCUAGCCCCAUCCCUCCAACCCAGCCCAGAGUUCCCCUCCUUGGGGCCUGGGCCCAGAAGGCAGCUGGGCCAGAGUGGAUAGACGCAGGGGAGGAGAUAGGGGGUAUCCUGGACAUGCCGCUACGCCCACUUUUCAGCUCUGCCUCCCUGGUUACAGGCCCCAACCUGGGUGCAAGGGGGCACACGCUGCAAGGCCCUGGCAUUGCCACCAUAGCCCUGCAUGAAAGUCCUCUCCAGAAACAAAGGGAGGCAUGGGGGUCCCCAGGCCCCCUCCCCAAUAUGGCCGAGGCAGGGGCUGUCACUGCAACAAGAGCCGGUUCCAAACGGCACCUUUGAGCCUCAGUUUACCCAUCUGUGAGGCGAGACUGGGUGAGGGGUGGACUCUGAGAGCAGGCAGCAAGAUUGGGGGCCUUGGGGUGGGGUGGCAUCUGAGGUUGGCACUGACUACUGACCAUCUCUCGCUCGCUUUCCGCAUGCCCCCCACCCCCACCUCGCUGCUGACCCUCCGAGUGGCGACGGGCUGUUCCAUUAACCUGGAAAUCCUUCUCCUUUGGCCUCUGACCCGUGGUCUUGCCUCUUGUUCCAUGGCCCUCCUUAGUCCAUGAAGUUCAUGAGCCAGAGGAAGUUCAAGAAGAGGAGAAGCCAAGACCCAGACUCACUGCUCCUAAGAUCCCGGAAGGGGAGAAAGUAGACUUUGAUGACAUCCAGAAGAAGCGUCAGAACAAAGACCUCAUGGAGCUCCAGGCUCUCAUUGACAGCCACUUCGAAGCUCGGAAGAAGGAGGAGGAGGAGCUGGUUGCUCUCAAGGAAAGAAUUGAGAAGCGCCGUGCAGAGAGAGCUGAACAACAGAGAAUCCGAGCCGAGAAGGAGAGGGAGCGCCAGAACAGAUUGGCAGAGGAGAAAGCCAGGAGGGAGGAGGAGGAUGCCAAGAGGAGAGCUGAGGAUGACCUGAAGAAGAAAAAGGCUCUGUCCUCCAUGGGUGCCAACUACAGCAGCUACCUGACCAAGGCUGACCAGAAGAGAGGCAAGAAGCAGACUGCUCGGGAGAUGAAAAAGAAGAUACUGGCCGAGAGGCGAAAGCCGCUCAACAUUGACCACCUCGGCGAGGACAAGCUGCGGGACAAGGCCAAGGAGCUCUGGGACACCCUGUACCGGCUGGAGACUGACAAGUUCGAGUUUGGGGAGAAACUGAAGCGUCAGAAAUAUGACAUCACCAACUUCAGGAGCCGUAUCGACCAGGCCCAGAAGCACAGCAAGAAGGCUGGUGCCACGGCCAAGGGUAAGGUCGGUGGGCGCUGGAAGUAACGAGGUGGAGUGGAAGAGGACCUUUGAGGCAGAGACCCCCCAUGGGUCUUGUCCCCCAGCCCCCACACCAAGGCUCCUUCUGAGGCUCCAGGACAGUCACAGCCUGUCCCGGAGCUUCCCUCCCGCCU